AAAGGAAUUGGUAAUACUUUUAUCUCUCUAAAUACUCUAUCUCCCUUCUUGGUUUUCCUUUGGCAUGGGAUAUUUUGUAUCAUACAGAUCUGAUGAUUUCUUUUUUAUGCCUUUUAUGAGGGUGGAGAGCUUUUAAAGAAAGCGAAUGGAUGGAAUUUUGCAGUGGUUGAAUGGCUGAACAUGAAGAACAUAGUGGAAAUAUGAGGAACAUUUGAAAUGAGGAACAAUUGAACAUGAGGAACAAUUGAAAGAAAGGCUUGAACAUUCCUCUAAUGAAUAUUGGAAGUUGCUAGUGAGAAUAGUUUAACCAAUAGCAUUAUUUUUUGGGACCUGGGAAGAAGAAUCACAUGGGUGUAGAUGUGGAUGUGGAUAUAAUAGCUAAGAUAAAAAUGUGCUUGCCAGGUUGAUAUCACAGAGCAAUCACUGUGUGUGAUACCUGAGCUCUCUUCAGUGGAGUGUGAGGACAGAGCGUGCACUGAUGAAUGCAAAAAUGAGAAAUCAAAAAAUACUCUCUCAAGUAGGAUGUGAUCCAUGCAAUUGCUGUUGGCAAAGAGAUUACAUCAGACAUGACUAUGUGAAUAACCAGGGAUAAGCCAAAGGCAGGACAGGAUGUCAGAAUAACAUACAAAACAUUUUUGAGGGUGAGGCCAGCAAACCAUGCAGUCAUCAGGGCACCGUUUCCGCGAUGUCGAGCACCACCCGCUCCUGGCCGACAAUGACAGCUACGACUCCUCCUCCUCCUCCUCAGAGGCUGACAUGGCUGACAGGGUCUGGUUCAUCAGGGAUGGCUGUGGCAUGGUCUGUGCCAUCAUGACCUGGCUCCUGGUGGUCUAUGCAGACUUUGUAGUGACUUUUGUCAUGUUGCUGCCUUCCAAAGACUUUUGGUACUCCGUGAUCAACGGGGUUCUCUUUAACUGCUUGGCAGUGCUGGCUCUGUCAUCACACCUGAGGACUAUGCUGACUGAUCCAGGGGCUGUGCCCAAAGGAAAUGCCACUAAAGAAUACAUGGAUAAUUUGCAGCUGAAACCAGGAGAAGUGAUCUACAAAUGUCCCAAGUGCUGUAGUAUCAAACCUGAGCGUGCACACCACUGCAGUAUUUGCAAGCGAUGCAUCCGAAAGAUGGAUCACCACUGCCCCUGGGUGAACAAUUGUGUGGGGGAGAAAAAUCAGAGAUUUUUUGUUCUGUUUACGAUGUACAUAGCCCUAAUUUCAGCUCAUGCUCUUGUACUCUGUGGAUUUCAGUUCUUCUCCUGUGUCCGAGGGCAGUGGACUGAGUGCAGUGACUUCUCCCCACCUGUAACUGUGAUCCUGAUGAUCUUCUUGUGCCUUGAGGGUUUUCUGUUUCUCACUUUCACUGCAGUCAUGUUUGGCACCCAAAUCCACUCAAUAUGCAAUGAUGAAACGGAGAUUGAGAGACUGAAGAGUGAAAAGCCCACGUGGGAGCGCAGGCUGCGCUGGGAAGGGAUGAAAUCUGUUUUUGGGGGCCAGCCCUCCCUCCUGUGGAUCAACCCCUUCGCAGGAUUUCGCAUCAGGAGACUCCUACUGCGAGGGAAGAAAGGAGGACCUGAGUUCUCUGUUUGAGUCUAAAUAUGCUGGAACUUGCAAGAAUCCUAUAUAGUAUUUAUUUUGGGGCCAGAGAAGGCUGUCUACAUAUAAUCUGUGACCAGGUGAAACUGAUAUCAGACAUUUGCUUGUAGCAAGCAGAGUUUUCUACGUUUAUUUGUCACAGACAUCUCAUUAAUUCUGAGACAGGAACUGGAUCUGCCAUGAUCUUCACAGCAGGAUAAGCACGUGGUCACACUAAAGAAGCCAAAUGUUGUCAUGCUACUGUAAUUUAUUUUCUGAGAUUACUUCCCCAUUUUUUUGUUAAACCCUUUUUAUUUGAUAAAUGUCUGGGGAAUUACCUGUGUGUUUUUAUAAUGAGUCUAAGUCCUUGGAUGCAGUUGUCAAUCAUUAGGAGGAGCCUUCUGGUGGAAGUUGAUCUCCAGUGAGACACAGCCUUCCUUGUCAGUCCAGAUUUCAGGGAAUUGUGCUUUGUUCAGUUCUCCAUUCUCUUUCAGCUUGUCCUGAUAAGCAGAGCUGUCCCUGUGUGUCCCACACACUCCUCAUGUGCAGGUGGUGCCCAGGACUGGUGCCCAGCACUGUCACACCCUGCCCUAAAGCAUGGCCUGUGCUUGGCAGUGCCCAUCCCAUCUGGCAUUUGGGGAAAGGCUGAAUUUUCACCUGUAACCUGGCUGGGGGCCAGAUCCUGCCCUGGGAUGUGCAUUUCCAGUUCCUCCUGCUUUGGUUGCAGAGGAACUCAGGUGUGGACUGCACAGGGAUGAGUGGGACCAGUGUCCUGCUGUGUGAGGUGACAGUGAGUGGACAAACUGGGGGUCAUUCACUGCAAACACUUUGUCCUUGUAGGGUCUUGCUCUGCCCCUUUUUUACUGAACACACCUUUCAUAGAGGGAAAGCUCCUUCCUGAUCCCUUGGACAAAGACAGCAGAGAAAGAGGCAACUUCCCUCCUUUCUCAAGUACAGCACAUCUUAAAUGUAGAAACAUCUGCAAUAUUCUUUUGAAUUUAACCAUUUCCAACCAAAACCACUUUGAAGAAAUGAGAGCAAUAUAGAUCUAGAACUGCUUUAUGUGGGCCUGACAAACAACAGUAGUGCUAAAAAUGUUUAUAAAUCUGCAAGUAAUGAAAUACAAGCUGCAAGUAAUACAAAUCCAGCUAAAAGUUGAUUCUUUGAAAAUGACAUUUAGACUAUUUUUUGUAUUAUUGUUAACCUAUAAAUUACUGACCAUGUAAAGGAUAAAGCAGGAGCCAUGAUGCAUAGCUUGAAAUCGUGCCUAGAAAGUAAAUAGCUCCCUGUUUUGGGACUUGCCUUAAAAUUGUCCUGUUCUUGCUUUUGCUCAGCCAGUGGCACUGGUGACCUGUCCCACCUCCAGCAGCUCAGAGCCCUGCAUUCCACCCUUUGUGCCCUGCAGGAGCUGUUUCCUUUCUCAGUGCCCUGCUUCUCCAUCUCUCCGUGGCAUCCUGGUCCCAGCUCCAUCAGUUUCUGUUCCAUGGGGUGGCUGAAGGCUCUGAGGGAUCCAUUUCUUGUCUGUGCCCUGUGAACAAAACUGUGCAAUACUUUGGGGUGUUUUCACUUUGCUUUUGGGGGAGGGUGGUGGUGUGGAAUGCUGGAGCCUUCCCUAGGUGGAAAUCCACUGGAAUUGAAGUCCUGUGAACAAAACUGAGGGGGAAGCUGGAGGUUCCACAGGAUUCUGUGCAGAUUCAGUUGCACAUCUUAAAGACUGGGGAGAAAAUAAAGGUGUCUGGCUUUGUCCUGAGGCUCUUACUGUGUAAAUUGUUCAAUGGGAAAAUCAGAAAAUAGCACUCCAGGUGGUUGGACCCUGUGACUUGGCAAAUGUGUGCGUGUGAAAUCCGGUUUACUUGGCUUUUCAAAUCCUUACCUUGUAAUUUUUUUUUUUAAUGUAAAAAAGAAUAAACUAAUGAAUUGAA